AUGGAUUCUUAUGAUAUAUAUCAAUGCGAAAGGAAUAUGGCUAAACGUCAGUUUUCUGAAACAAAAGAUUGUCGAUCGAUUAGACACAACUAUUAGAUGUUUACAAAUAUAUUGGCAAAAUUUAACGUGAAAUUUGCAAAACCAUUAAAAGUCCAACUCGGCAUAGUUUUAUGUACUAGAAAAUUCUUCUUCCCUAAUCCGUUUUCUGGAAAAGAGGGAAAUGUUUUGUCACAAAGAGAAAAAGCUGUCGAGUACUUUGCCUCCGCCGUGUCAUCAUUGCAGACCGAUACCAUUUCGUUGUCCAAGCUAUGGCUGUUUGCCUCCCGAACCAAGACUGCCUAGAUGUUAUUUUCCACCUUCAUGUCCACCAUUGAUGUGCAGACCAAGACCAGAACGUUCACCACCACCACCUACUAUAUGCAUUGCUGGACCUUGCCCACCACCAUCAGAUUCAAAAUCAUAUUGCCCUUCGUCAGCACCAAAAAUAUUGCCACCGUCUUCUAGCGUUCGAUUUUGCAUUCGUUACACGAACGAAGGAUCAAGGUACUACCCUUGCUACUAUUCUGAUUUACCAAAAUGUCCUAGUAGUCUCUAUUAGAAUUAUCUACGGUAGCACAUUUAAUUAAACAGAAAAAACAGAAUACGAUAAUAAAGCAAACUUUAUCAUCAUAAAUUUAUGUCACAGUUUUUGUGUCGAAUAAUUUUUUAUUUUGCGAUUAUCAGACAUCUCUGUUAAUUACGUCGCCGUAAUAAAAUAUUAAAUAUUUUUAGGAUAAAUGAAAAAGUUAUUUCUUUGAUUUAUAUCAUAGAUCUCUGUAAUGAUACAAAUAUAAAAACAUAAUAAUAUGAAAAAUAUAAUAAUAUGUUUUCCAGAAACUAUUCGGGACAGUUUUAUUCAAUCAAAACAAAAUUUUUGGACAUAUAUGAAAUUAAUGUUGUAAAAUUUACAGAAUUAAUCAAAAUUGAAAUCAUUUAAUCAACUUGUCAUUUCGUCGUAAUUUUUGUUUCAAUAUUUAUUGACGUGACAUCUUAUCGAGCAUAUAUAGUUUGAUAUAAAUCGUUUGACACAAACCGUAGGUGUCGUUUAGUAAAUCGCUUAACAAGAAAUUCUAUCGAAAUUAGUUUGUAUCCGGCGCUAAUGAGUUUUACAACUAAUACUCCACCAAGUUUCAAGUUUCACACUGUUCCAAUUACGUAAACGUUAUUCUCUUAUAC